UUAUGAUUAUCUCCCGCCAAAAGUUCCUCGCGGGGACUGUCCACGAGACGAAUGUCGCGUGCACGCCCGUGUUGACGUGCUGUGUUGACAAACGCGAUUUUUACGAGAAGAAUAAUGGACGAUUCGCAGGCAUCUACGUCUGGCAGGAUCAAACGUCAGAAGACUGAUAGGACCGGCAGGCUCUCGGCUCUGGAAAGAUUGAAGGAAGCUCGUAGCGGCAAGCGCAAGUACGAGAUUGGAGAGUUAGAAAAUGUUUACGAUGAAGUAGACGAGAAGGAAUACAGUAGCACUGUUCUAAAACGCCAACGAGAUGAUUGGAUAAUCGAUGACGGAGAAAGCGGUUAUGUCGAAGAUGGAAGGGAAAUUUUUGAUGAUGAUCUGGAUGAAGAAAGCAUUCAAGAAGCUAGAAACCAGAAGCGUAACAUGUCUGGCCCUAGAAAAAGGAGGAAGGAAGAGGACAAGAAGAAAGGGGAUAUUCAAAGUAUGCUCAGAAAUAUGCCUUCCAAGAAAGAUGCUGGUGUAGUUCAGAUCAAAGAUGAUGAUAUUUUGGGAGAGUUGCUCAGUGAGAUUUCUACGGAUAAGAAGACAAUGAAUGGCCCUAAACCGGGAGGCAACAGAAACAAAUUUUGCCACACAGUUCACUCUAAUGUUACACAAACAUAUCAGUCUUCAUCCGUUGACUCAAGAGUAGCUGAUAAAAUAACAUAUGAAAAGCCAGAGGAGAAAAUUGUGUCAGAACCCAAUAAUAUCACACAAAGUGUAAGUCAGAUAAUUGAGGAUGUGGAUGAUACUGUAAUAUUUGAUGCGCCGCAGAAGAAGAGCAUAAGUAAACCAAUAGAAUCAAGUAAUUCGAAAGUUAAAGAGGAUUCGAUUCCAGAAGAUUCGAGCGCAAAAAAAUCAAUGGAAUCUAAUGUGCAGAGUGCAAGUCAGUUUAUUGAGGAUACGGACAGUCCUACGAUGGAUCUUAGCGAGUGUGUCGGAGAUCUGUCCACCAUAGAUUUUGACGAUGGAAGCAUGGACGUUGACUUCUCGUCGUCGGCAAACAAUGUUAAACCUCAGAAAAAUGGAGUGGACGUACAGAUUGCCGCUUGCAAAACUUCCGUCAAAAGCAUGAAAAUUGGUAAUGCCGUUGACUUGACGGAGGUAGUGCCGCAACUAGUCAAAACGAAGGAUGAAGAAGUAUUUAGGUUCUACUACCUGGAUGCCUAUGAAAAUCCCUACAAGCAUCCUGGAACUGUGCAUCUCUUCGGCAAGACCUAUUUAUCUAGCUACGACACGUACUGCUCGUGUCGCGUUACAGUGAAUGAUAUACCAAGGAGAAUAUAUCUCUUGCCGAGAAAAUAUUUAAAGAACACCGAAUCGCAAUUAACCACCAUGGAAGAUGUGUAUAACGAGUUUGACGAGUAUGCCAAUAAGAUGCGUAUAAUGAAGUUUAAUUGCAAAGAAGUGAACAUGCAUUAUUCCUUCGAAAAGGAGGGUACACCGAAAACUUCGGACUACUUGGAGGUCAGAUAUGACGCAUGCUAUCCGGCAAUCAAUUCCGAUUACUCAGGUCGGGCGAUAGAACGCGUCUUUGGCACGACAGUGAAUGCGUUAGAGCUGUUACUAAUAGAACGAAGGAUCAAGGGCCCCUGCUGGCUAGACAUCAAGAAUACAUCGCAAGAAUAUACUGCAGAACGUUUUGUGGUUACUUCGGACAUGAACAGUAUAUCGCUGUGCUCCCAAGAGAAAGCUAAGCCCCCGCUGGUGAUAGCGACUCUAAAUGUGAGGAUGUCUUUGAACGCAAAGUUGCAGAACGAAGUAGUGAUGGUUGUUGUAUUAAUUCAUCAUAGGUACAAUGUCGAUAAGGAACCACCGAAGCCGCCUUACGAGCGUCAGUUUUGCUUUGUCACACAUCCACGAGACACCCCGUGGCCGCGGCAAAUUCGUGACACUUUUCCGAAAGUCCCGAAUAUCGAAGUAAUAAAAUGCGAAACUGAAAGCGAGUUACUCGAAGAGCUGUUAACUUUAAUGCAAAAAGCGGAUCCCGAUUUAAUAAUAGGCUACGACUGUGCAUUUCAGUUUGACGUUUUGAUGCAGAGAAUGCUUGCAUCGAAAGUGCCCAAUUGGAACAGAAUGGGAAGAUUGAAGUUAACGACUCCUCCCUUACUUAGGGGGAAAAUAAUUCUUAAUCAAGCGUUUGUCGGUCGUCCAAUCUGUGACAUACAAGUCUCGGCAAAGGAAUUGAACUUAAAAGUCAGAAGUUACGAUCUGCAAUCACUUUGCGGCGCGGUAUUAAGGACGAAGGAAUACGAGUGUAAAGAGAUCACGCCAGCGGAGACUCCAUCGUUUUUCAGUACACCGGACAAAGUGCUAAGUCUAAUGCAUGCGACGUUGAAGGAAGCAAGAUACAUCAUAACCAUAGUGAUGGAUCUCAAUGUUAUACCGCUCGCGCUACAAAUCACCUGCUUAGCAGGUAACAUUUUAUCGAGGACGCUGUUAGGCGGAAGAGCGGAGAGGAACGAGUAUCUGUUGCUGCAUGCUUUUAAUCUAAAAGGUUACAUAACGCCGGAUAAAAAAAUUGAGAAGAAGGGGCGAGACGAUGAUGGUCCGCGUAGGAAGGCUGCGGCGUACACUGGAGGCCUCGUACUCGAUCCGAAGAAGGGUUUCUACGAUAAACUCGUACUGCUGAUGGACUUCAAUUCUCUGUAUCCGAGCAUUAUACAGGAGUACAAUUUGUGUUUCACUACCGUGCCCGGUGCGGCGUACGCCGAAGUCGAGCAAUUGAAUAUUCCCGAGUCGAAUCUGGAAUUAGGAGUGAUCCCGACGGAGAUUCACAAAUUGGUCCAGAGCAGGCAGCAGAUCAAACAGCUCAUGAAAACGCCGAAUCUAACGCCGGAACAGAAAAUGGACUACCAUAUCCGGCAAAUGGCGUUGAAGCUCACGGCCAAUUCCAUGUACGGAUGUUUGGGGGCGACGCAUUGUCGAUUUUAUGCUAAAGGCCUCGCCGCUCUGAUAACAGCCAAGGGUCGGGAGAUCCUGGAGGAUACGAAGCGCUUGGUCGAGAAACUGCAAUACGAUGUAAUUUACGGUGACACCGACUCUCUGAUGAUAAACACCAACAUUCUGGAAUACGACGACGUUUUCUCGAUCGGCAGAAAGAUUAUGCGCGAGGUCAACAACCGAUACAAGAAAGUCGAAUUAGAUAUCGACGGGGUAUUCCGGUAUCUAUUGCUGUUGCAAAAGAAGAAAUACGCCGCGGUUACGAUGUCGAGAUUGCCAAACGGCCAAAUACAAUUGGCACAGGAACACAAGGGUCUGGAUAUCGUGAGGAGAGACUGGUGCCCGUUGGCCUGCGACACUGGAAAAAAAGUUUUGGACAUACUUCUCUGCGAUCAUUCGAGCGAGACGCGUUUGGAGCAAGUCGUGCAAAUUUUGCAGAACGUUGCGAAAAGCGUGAAGGAGGGAACGGCACCGUUGUCAUCAUUUGUCAUCACUAAACAAUUGUCGAAAAAUCCUGAUGCGUAUCCAGAUAAAAAGCAAUUGUCGCACGUUAUGGUGGCACUCAGACUGAACAAAGCGGGUGGUCGGAUGUGGAAAGCCGGUGACACUCUGCCAUAUGUUAUAUGCGAGGAUGGAACUGAUGCGAGUGCGACGGAGCGGGCGUAUCACAUCGACGAAGUGAAGAACAAUGAGAAAUUGAAGGUGGACGUCAAUUACUAUCUGCUGAGUCAAAUAUUCCCUGUAGUGUUACGAAUCUGCGACCCGAUCGAGGGGAUCGACGAUGUCUUCCUAGCCAACAAUUUAGGUUUACAGUUUGUUUACAAGCCUAAGACGAUAGCUUGCGAGGCAACCCUGAACUUACCGCUCGCCAUCAAUGACGACAGGUUCAACAAUUGUCUGCCUUUGACAUUUAAAUGCAGAAAUGAACGAUGUAAUACGGAAAUAAUAAUUAAGGAUACCGUUACAGAAUUUCAUUCUGGUCGGCAGCUAUCACUUAGCAUGUGCCCCAAUCAGGACUGUAAAUUACCACCCUGGAAAUAUGCACACGUGAUACAGAAUGUAGUUCAGCUUGCCAUGAGAAAAGCAAUUACCAAGUACUACAGCGGCUGGCUCGAAUGUGAGAAUCCACUUUGUUCCAACCGAACGAGACGAUUGCCGUUGGACUUCGCGAAGAAGUUUCCAGACUGCCCGGUGUGCAAGGACGUUUCCAUGAAUCGAGUCUAUUCCGGGACAGAUCUGUACAAUCAGUUGUUCUACUACCAUAAAAUGUUCGACAUCACUCAACCGGCUUACAAACAUAUGCUGUCUCAAUGUCCACGGGAUAUGAUAGCCGCGUACAGCACACUGAAAGAGGCAGUUGACAGACAGUUGAAGCGAAACAAGUUCUCGUGCGUAAAUAUCACAGGAAUAUUCAGCAGCGCCGCGGGCGCCAAUAGCGCGGGAAUGUUUAUCAGUCCUGGCUCGCGGGAGGAUUUCGACGAACUGGGAGAUCUGUCCGACGACACGGAUAAAGAAGUUUAGGGAGAGAGCGCAGUUAAGAUACAAAUCCGGCAAGACCGGAAGAGAGGCGAUUAAGGGAACCUACAUAUUAAAUUAUUUUUUUUACUGA